AUGAAUUUAAAAUUCCUUGCAGAAAGCAUACGGUUUUAUACGGCCUUUACCAUCCGUUAUCUUCUCAUUCCAAUCCUUCUUUUUCUUUCAUUCAUUUGUUUCCUUCUUAUCAUCACCAUACAUCCCUAUACCACCUGUUUUAAAUGUUCUGGAGCUGAAUUCAUCAUUAGUGUUUUACUCAGUGUGAUAGCCUUUGUAUGUUUGGCUGUGUUUUACUUUUGGGUGGUUGUUUUCAACCGAUUGUAUCGGAAUGAACAGAUUUUGAAAUCGGAACGAGAACAGACUCACUCCCAAGAGAUGAAUCAAGUCAAAACAACUCUUUCUUCGAUAUCUCAUGGAAUUCAUGAAGAGGAACAUGAAAAGGUUGCAGAAACAUUAAAUACCAUCAAGAACGUUUCUAGAGAACGAGCCAAAUUGAGUCCAAGUACUCAUGAAGAGAGUGCUACACUUAAUUGUUAUCAAAAACAUAAGAAAAUAGUGGAUAUUGUGUUUUGGACUUUUUUAAUUGUUGGAGUUAUUGCAUUUGUGUUGAACUCAAUUUUCACAAUUAUUGUCUUGUCGCUGACUCAAUCAACUAUUGCAACAAGACAUGGGGAAUUAUAUUCUAUCGGAACAAAACAACCAGUAGUUAUUGAACGAGAACCAUCUGGUGUGAUUCAUAUCAAAGCACAAACGGAUUAUGACAUGUAUUUUGCACAAGGUUAUGUCACUGCUCAAGAAAGAAUGUUUCAAAUGGAAUUGAAUCGUAGAAUUUUUAAUGGAACCCUUAGUGAGGUUGUGGGCUCUGCUGGGUUGACCGUUGAUAAAUUUGCCAGAGUUAUGGGGUUUAAGGAUUUGGUGAAUUAUGAUAUUAAUUCAGGAAUAAUUUCCAAGAGCUCCCUAGAUAUUAUCCAAGCUUUUGCUGAUGGUGUAAACGCAUUUAUUGAGAGAGCUCCUAUGGAAAAACUAGGCCCUGAAUUUAACCUUAUCUUUGGAUAUCGUCCACAAAAGUGGACACCCAUUGACACCAUUGGCUGGUGUAAACUCAUUUCGUGGGAUUUGAGUUUAAACAUCAAAUCAGAGGUGAUUCGAUAUACCAUGCUGAGACAAGGCGUUUCCCUUUCGAGAGUUGAAAGAUUAUUCCCACCAAUGUCAACAUUUAGUAGAGAUAUUAAUGGCGUCUUUACUCCGAAUAAUAUUACAACAAUUGUAACUAAGGAAGAUUUGAAUUUGACGAAUAAUGAUACUGCUACUGAUUUGGCUCAAGAAUAUCGAUUGUAUUUCAAUAACAGUGGCGCAUAUAUUCCAAAGAAAAUUUCUAGUAGAAGAGUAGAGAAAGAGUCAUCUGAAAAUUCUCAAAAGGGAUAUUUCCAUUCAAUUGCUGAUAUUUAUGAAACGUUUAUUUCUGGAUUGGGGGAUUCUUCUAUUCAAAACACACUUCGAGAUCAAUUAUUGAAAGUUAAUCAAGAUCAACAAGAGUUAUUUGAAAGAUUUUUAGCGCAGCAAGAAGCUAGUAAUUCUUGGGUUGUUCACAAAAAUCACACAAACACUGGAAGAUCAAUGUUGGCCAAUGAUCCUCACCUUACAGUUUCAGCUCCAGGUAUUUGGAUUUUACUUCAUUUGCAAAGCGCAGAAUCACAGACAGAUUUGAGAGGAGUCUCCUUUGUGAACACUCCUGGUAUUUCUAUUGGUAGAAAUUCUGACAUUGCUUGGGGAAUUACGGUCUCUGGUCCAGAUAACCAAGAUUUAUAUGUUAUGAAAAUGGAUUCAUCAACUAGUAUUACAUCAACCGAUAUUACAAAAAAUUCAUAUUUCUACACAUAUGAUGGUGUAGCUCGUCCUUUCCAAGUCAAGUAUGAACAAGUGAAAGUGAAGAAGGGGGUAGCUUUGAAAUUGUGA